AGCAUCAAGCCAGGGGCGGGUAGACGCUAACCGUGCAGUAUGGCGGACGAUGGAGACAGUUGGAGCGCUCCACUCGACACCAGCGGCGGCCAGGAGACGGCAGACGAGUCCGGCGGGCUCGGCCUGGGCGGAAUGUUGCUGAAUAUUGCUAUCUUGAUCGCUGUGCUGGCGGUCUGCGUGGCGGUGUACCGCCGCUGGGGUAGACGGCUCGGCUCGGACGCGGCCCAGGGCGACGAGGCCUCGGCGCUUCCCAAGAUGAGGAGACGGGACUUCACGUUGGAGCAGCUGCGGGAGUACGACGGGCUCCAGAACCCUCGCAUCCUAAUGGCCGUCAACAUGAAGGUUUUCGACGUGACCAGCGGCAAGAAGUUCUACGGGAAAGAGGGUCCCUAUGGGAUAUUUGCGGGCCGGGACGCUUCCAGAGGCUUAGCCACGUUCUGUCUGGAGAAAGACGCCCUGAGGGACGAGUACGAUGACUUGUCCGACCUCAAUGCCGUGCAGAUGGAGAGCGUGCGGGAGUGGGAAAUGCAAUUCAUGGAGAAAUACGACUAUGUGGGCCGCUUGUUGAAGCCCGGCGACGAGCCGUCCGAGUACACGGACGAGGAGGACAUCAAGGACCACCUGAAACACGACUAACUGCUUCCACUGCACCCACCAAAGCCAGGAGCCCCCGACAGCUGCGACGGGCCGCCCAAAAAUCUUGACACGCCCACCCCCCAUCACAGGCACAUGGACCCCUCUUCCUCCUCUUCUUCCUCCUCCCUGUCCUCAAUCUGUUGCAGCUUCUGUGGACGGGCGGUCCUCGUCCCGCUUCGACCAGGCUUGGUUGCCUGCUCAUCCUGCUAAGAUUCGCAAAAGUGGAUGGAAACUUCCAGCGUUUAAGAAGGGAGUGGGGCGGGCGGUGCCAUUUAGAUGUACUUGAAGCAAAACAGCAAAAUAUUUCAGUGCAAAAUGGGUCUGCAAGGUCGCAGCUGAGCUGGACAUCAGGACACUUUCUUUUUCUCUCUCACACAUCCACACUGACACUGCUUAAGCUUCUGACAGCUUGUCAAUCAAUCAGUCUGUCGAUCAAUCAUCCAUUUCUACUUGUUUGACACCCCCAACCCCCUUUAGACAGGCAGAGGCAUUGCAGUACCAAAGGUGUGAAGCAGGGCGGUGCUCUCUCCUCUUGUUGUCUUUGCACUACUAGUUGUCACCAUGUGAUUGUAUGUCCAGUAGUGUAGGCAGGGGUGUGGGGGAGUUUGUGUGUGGUGGUGGGUGGGGGGGGUUGGUUCCAAAGGGAAGGUGAUUGGCGUUCCUAAUCAAUCGACUUAAUUGUUUACAUUGUCUGUAGACCCCCCCCCCCCCCCCCCCCUCCCCUCCCCUCCCCAAAUAACAAUGGUCCAAGUAUUAAUCGUGCCUUAUUUGCUUUGUUGCGUCAGUCCUGAGCGGAGGAAGCACGGCUUUGGCAUAGGUGGCGUUACCCCUCCCUCAAAACGGAAAUUGAAACAGGAAAGAAAAAGGCACACACACAGGUUGAAUAGUCGCAUGACCCAACUACACCUUGUAAAUAAAGACACUCACUCAGUGUUACUGCCAUAUUGAUGUAGU